GCCGCCGCCGCUGUCUCUUCAGCACCAUGUCCUCCGGGCCCGCGUACAACGACGAGAAGGGCUCGUCCCUCGGAGAGCCCGAGUACGGGCACGACCCGGCCAGCGGCGGCAUCUUCUCCAGCGACUACAAACGGAAAAUUUAAGAACCAAGAACCAAGAAAAUAUAAAUUCAGGUUUGAUCACCAGUGCUGAGUUUUAAUGUCGAACUAAAAGCAGAACUUCAUGCACGAUGAUCUGAAGGAGAUGCUGGAUAGCAACAAGGAUUCGCUGAAGCUGGAGGCCAUGAAGAGGAUUGUGGCGAUGAUCGCCAGAGGGAAGAAUGCGUCGGAGCUCUUCCCCUCAGUGGUGAAGAACGUGGCCUGCAAAAACAUUGAGGUGAAGAAGCUGGUUUACGUUUACCUGGUUCGAUACGCAGAAGAACAGCAGGACCUCGCCCUUCUCUCCAUCAGCACCUUCCAGAGAGGAUUAAAGGACCCGAACCAGCUGAUCCGAGCGGGAGCCCUGCGUGUUCUCUCCAGCAUCCGAGUCACCAUCAUCGUCCCCAUCAUGAUGCUGGCCAUCAAGGAAGCUGCUUCAGACAUGUCCCCCUAUGUCAGGAAGACAGCUGCCCACGCCAUCCCCAAACUGUACAGUCUGGAUCUGGAUCAGAAGGACCAGCUGAUUGAGGUGAUUGAGAAGCUGCUGGCGGACAAGACAACGCUGGUGGCGGGCAGCGUGGUGAUGGCUUUCGAGGAGGUGUGUCCCGAGCGCAUCGACCUGAUCCACAAGAACUACCGGAAGCUGUGCAACCUGCUCAUCGACGUGGAGGAGUGGGGCCAAGUAGUCAUCAUCAACAUGCUCACCCGAUAUGCACGCACGCAGUUCCUCAACCCCAACCACAACGAGAUCUUGCUGGAAGAAAACCCGGAGAAAGGAUUUUACGGCACCGAUGAGGAAGACUCCAAGCAGGAGGAAGCGGAUGCAGUCGUGCUUCCCAAACGGAAGCCCUACGUGAUGGACCCCGACCACCGGCUGCUCCUUCGGAACACCAAGCCCCUCCUCCAGAGCCGGAACGCCGCGGUGGUGAUGGCCGUGGCCCAGCUCUACUUCCACCUGGCUCCCAAGGCGGAGGUGGGCGUCAUCGCCAAGGCCCUGGUCCGCCUGCUCCGCAGCCACAGCGAGGUGCAGUUUGUGGUCCUGCAGAACGUCGCCUCCAUGUCCAUCAAACGCCGGGGAAUGUUUGAGCCUCACCUGAAGAGUUUUUACAUCAGGUCCACGGACCCCACGCAGAUUAAGGUGCUGAAGCUGGAAGUCUUGACCAACCUAGCCAGCGAGACUAACAUCGCCACCAUUCUCCGGGAGUUCCAGACCUACAUCAAGAGUCAGGACAAGGACUUUGUGGCCGCAACCAUUCAGGCCAUUGGCCGCUGUGCCACCAACAUCGACGAGGUCCGUGACACUUGUCUGAACGGGCUGGUCCAACUGCUCUCCAACAGAGACGAGCUGGUGGUGGCCGAGUCGGUCGUGGUCAUUAAGAAACUGCUGCAGAUGCAGCCGGCCCAGCACAGCGACAUCAUCAGGCACAUGGCCAAGCUCAUCGACAACAUCAUGGUUCCAAUGGCGAGGGCCAGCAUCCUCUGGCUGAUCGGAGAGUACUGCGAGCACGUGCCCAAGAUUGCUCCUGAUGUCCUGCGGAAAAUGGCCAAGUCCUUCACCAGUGAGGUGGACAUCGUGAAGUUGCAGAUCAUCAACCUGGCCGCCAAGCUCUACCUCACCAACUCCAGACAGACCAAGCUGCUGACCCAGUACGUCCUGAACCUGGCCAAGUACGACCAGAACUACGACAUCCGCGACCGCGCCCGCUUCAUCCGCCAGCUCAUCGUCCCCACGGAGAAGAGUGGCGUUCUGAACAAGUACGCCAAGAAGUUGUUCCUCGCCCAGAAACCGCCCCCCGUGCUCGAGUCUUCCUUCAAAGAUCGAGACCACUUCCAGCUGGGCUCACUGUCCCACCUGCUCAACAGCAAGGCCAGUGGAUACCAGGAGCUCCCGGACUGGCCUGAAGCAGCCCCUGAUCCAUCCGUCCGCAACGUUGAGAACGACGUGUCCUCGGAGACGGACGUGCGAAUCGGAUUGCUGGGAGACUGGAAAGAGGUCCCAGAAUGGACCAAGCCCAGCAGCAGAGAGAAGAGGAAGGAGAAAGUGGAGAAACCAUUCUACUCCGAGUCGGAGGGAGAGUCCGAGCCCACUGAGUCAGCGGACAGUGAGUCCCCCACCACCAGCGAGUCGGAGGAGAGCGCGGGCGGAAUGGAAAGCGAGAGCGCCUCGGAGAGCGAGGAGGAAGAGAGCGAAGAGGAGGAGGGCAAGUCGGAGAGGCAGAAGAAGAAGAAGAAGAAGAAAGGGCAGAAGGAGAAGAGCAAGCACGGAGAUGAGAGCGAGGACAGCGGGCAGAGUGAAGGCGGAGACAAGGAGAAGAAGCGGAACGAGGAGGAGUCGAGCUCUUCGUCACCUUCCUCCUCCGAGGAGAGUUCAUCGGAAAACAGCUCCUCCGAGUCGGAGGAGAACUCGGACUCGGACCUUGGGAAAAAGCACAAGAGGAAGUCCGUGGCCAAGUUACCCUCUGGAUCGCUCAAAGCUAAAAAGAAGGAAAUCUCCCUCCUUGACCUCGAUGACUUCAGCGGCCCGUCAGUCCCUCCAACCACUCCAUCACCCAACACAUUCUCCAAGAGUCUCAACCUGGAUCUGCAGGGACUAACCUUGUCCAACUCCAACCUGCCUUCUGAGAUGUCGAGUCCGUCGCUGGGCCGCGUGAAGACCUACGAGCUGCUGCAUCGCCUGACGGGCGAGGGGCUGUCGGUUCGCUACCACUUCAACCGGCGCCCCUUCAGCCCCGACCAAGCCAUGGUCUCCGUGCAGAUGCAGUUCACCAACAACUCCGACAUGGACAUCCGCCACCUCCACGUCAACGAGCCCAAGCUGCACUCCGGGAUGAGGAUGCAGGGAUUCAAGGAGAUCGAUGUCCUGCAGCCCGGUGACGUUGCCUCGGAGGCCAUGGGCAUUGACUUCUGCGAUUCCACACAGGCAGCCAACUUCCAGCUGUGCUCACAGACCCGGCAGUUCUACAUGUCCAUCCAGCCACCGGUGGGGGAGCUGAUGAUGCCCAUCUUCAUGACCGAGAACUCCUUCAAGAAGGAGCAAGAACAGCUGUUAAACACCAGCACCGGGAAACUGAUGGGGAUGAAUGAAAUCAAUGAGAAGCUGACCCUCACGGAGCAAUGCCGGAGUGACCAGGCCGUUGUCCAGCGGGUGCUGUCGACAGCUAACCUCGGGCGGGUGCCCUGUGGCCAGAGCGACGAGUACAGGUUUGCCGCUCGGACCGUGAGCGGCGGUGCUCUGGUCCUCAUCACCCUGGUGACCAAGGACAACAGCGCUGCCCAGCUGACCGUCAACUGUGAGAAGAUGGUGAUCGGCACGAUGAUGGCCAAGGAGAUUGUGGAGACACUGACCCAGUGACGCGGGCCCUCGGUGAGAUGGUCGCCCGCCCGCUCACUCCCCCUUGUCAAACCAUCAACGGCAGGAGAAACAGGUGACCCGGUGGGCCAGGGCCAGCCAACUCCACCAGCACCCCUUCCAAAACACACGCAGGGGUCCCUGAAUAACUCGGUGAAGAGAUAUCCACACGGUUCACCCCGCUGAAAGACAAGUCGCCAAUCCUUACGUCCUGCACCCUCUCAACUGAAGAAACUGCCCCUUUAUUUAAUGCUGGUCUGUCUCUCCCCUUAACCACUCUCCCCAUCACAGAUCCAACUUACAAUGGAAUCACGGUUAAUUCUUCAUUUUAAUCAUGUAUUUAAUUAAUUUGAUGUUCCCUCCCUGAAUCCCCCUCUUUUCUCAGAGAUUGAUGUUUCCGCAAAGCUUUUGGUAGCUGUCCUUCUUGGGGUGAGUCUAGCUAAUAUAGUACUGUUUGUAACUAUGAACUCAUUGUUCUCCGGGACUGGUCUGCCUGUAGCUGUGGGAUACUUGGUCUCCAGAACUUCCGUCUGUAGCUUUGGGAUUACUUUGGCCUCCUAGACUGGUCUGCCUGUAGUUUUGGAAAACCUGGCUCUCCAGAAUUGAUUUACCUGUAGCUUUGAGGUAACUGAUCUCCAAGACCUCUUCUGACCUAUGAAACUUGGCCUCCAGAUUGGGUCCGCCCAGAGAUGCGAGGUGCUCGUUCACUGGAACUGGUCUGCCCGUACCUUUCAGAUACUUGUUUCCUGGGACAGGUCUGUCUGAACCUUUGAGAUACAGGCCCACCACCAAUUUUCCACCAACUGAUGGGCCAGUGCCUCCUAUAAUCACGAGAGCGCUCUUGAACUCCCCCCACCCCCCCUGGAAGUUCCCCCUGAAAAUGUGGCGCCUAUGCUGGCUGAGGAGGACUUCCGCGGCCAACCGGCGGGUCGUAUUUGCCGCCUGCCUCCGAGGCUCUGGAGCCGGCAGAUCCAUUCCCUUGGCCGAUUUACAAGGCUGACUUUGUGGGCCGGAAUCUCCCUCCCUCAGCAGCAUAGGCGGACCGUUCCAGUACCGCUGGACUCCGCUCAGUGGCCGUGACCGCUGUUGGUCUGGCCAAACGGAUAAUCCA